GAUUACGUAAUAUUCUUCACACGCAUGCGCACAAAUGUCUCGCGGGGGUGUCAAAGGUCAAUCGCCCACAACAUGUCUUCCCCUGACUCUGGAGCUGGCGGGAGAACGUCUCGAGAGGAGGGGAAGGUUUCCAGGCACCUCGGACUCUUCCACUCUCACGUAUACACGUACAGGACCCCAUGGGAAAAGGUGGCCCAGGCGCUGUGGCAGCGCUACCCUAAUCCGUACAGCAAUCACGUGCUCUCCGAGGACACCCUCAGUAGACAGAGCAGGGGUCGGAGGUUGUUGUCACGACGACUGCUGAGGAAAACAAACUCUGCCCCAAAGUGGCUGGAGAGAUUUGUUGGUGGUAAGGGGGCGUCGGCAUGCAUUGUUGAAGAGUCAGAGGUUGACAUGGCAACCAAGACCUUUACGACGUACACGAGGAAUGUCAAUUUCAACAAGCUCAUGACAGUAGAAGAGAAGGCCAUCUAUACUGUCUCCCCAGAAAAUAAGGAAUGGUUAGAGACGAGAUUGAUUCUGCACAUGUAUAUAUAUGGUUGUGAGAAAAGUACCUUUUGCAGUGAAAACUCUGAAUGAGUAAAAUUCCUUUUGAAAAAAGGACGCUGAUUGUCCCUCGUUUUCAGGGAAUGUGCCAGUCUUAUAUAUUAUACAUAAGGGCUUAAUUUAGAUAAGAGGUAUAUAAGAUAAUAGAAUAAGGACGUCAUGUAAGAAGGAGGCAUGGGUAUGCUGCAAAGUUCGAGGAAUUUCUCUGGCAGUUGAGAAAUUUGGAGUCGAGAGAUAUCGCAAGAAUGCUGACACGGCUCAGUUAGGUUUGGAGUUUGUGAUAGACAAGAUAUUCGCCAUCAGAUCUCAGAUACUGGCAGCUCCAGUCAGGAAAUAAACUUUUUCACGUCAGUCACGAUUAUGUCAGCCAUUUUGUGUGUCAAUUUUAGUCAAUUCAUAAGUAUGUAAGUCACUUCUAUGCCGAAUAUAAAAUUGUUUUUUUCUACACAAGCACUAAAAAAUAAGCCUACUUGAGGAAAAAAUAAUCAAAAGUGCGACUAAUCGCAUGAGUGGAGCUAGGAGAAGGAGAUUAUGCUGAGUCAGCAGUCCAGGAGACUAGUUUGUUAGCGAGGGUUGCCAUGGCAGGCUGAGUUAGCCUCUCUCUUGCCGUCUCUAUGUCUUUGUGGAUCUCCUUCUUCAGACAUUCUAAUGAAGGGAAGCUCUUUUCCUCUCUAAUGAAGGCAGCCACACAUACUCUCAGCUCAGCUCCGUAGAAAUCCUCUGGGAAGACGUGAAGUAUGUGAGUCUCCUGUCAAGGAGAAACGUGCUUCCUUUACUCUAGUCAAGGUAUGCAGGUAGUGGCAGCCAGCCGGGG